UUCGGGCCGUAAACGGUCGGCGACGCGUCGCGAGUGGACGCGUCGACGGGGCCCCUCCCCGCGCCACAACUCGCGCCCUGUAAAUAUAUAUAUACACACACGGCCGCGCAAAAUUCGAGAUGGCAUAGUGGCAAAUUUUUUUCCCUAAAGCGAAUACCGAAGUUAUUCCUAUGUAGAAGUUAUAGAAUAGUUGAAGCAGCACGAAAGUUCAAUCACAUGUGAAAUUGUGACAGUUCUAUGUUUACCUCCGUAAAUUCGAAAAAUAAUCUACUCGCAAAUUAAUGACAUAUGUCGUCAUUAGGCAACACAGAACGGAGCAUGGAAUGGAAGGAUCAUGCCCACUCCUCUUUCCCAGCUUCGGGGAGCAAAGCGGCUCUGAGCGGGGAGGAGGCUACUCGUCGCAGAAAGUCGGCGUUUAUCGGCCAGGAGCGGACGCCAUCGACUUGGGCUACCACACCCUCGACAACAAUGCUUGUCGUACCACGUCAUCGUCGUCCUCGUCAACCCCGGGCGUGCCUAGCACGCCGACUCGCCAACAGCAGCAGCAGCAGCAGCAGCAACAGCUGCCGCAGCCCAAGCAUCUUCUGGUGCACCACGUCGCGGUCAACGACCUCUGCCAGCUCGACGACAAUUUGCUGCUGAGGAUCUUCAGCUGGCUCGACACCCGCGACCGUUGCUCCCUGGCGCAGACUUGCCGACGCCUCUGGGAGAUCGCGUGGCAUCCGACGCUCUGGCGGGAGGUCGAGGUGCGUUAUCCGCAGAACGCCACCGCGGCGUUAAACGCGCUGACCCGCCGCGGCUGCCACACCUGCGUCCGUCGACUGGUCCUGGAAGGCGCCACCGGGUUGCCCGGCAUCUUCGCCCAACUGCCGUAUCUCAAUCUGACCUCCCUGGUGCUGCGACACUCGCGUCGGGUCACCGACGCCAACGUUACCACCGUGCUGGAUAGCUGCGCCCACCUCAGAGAGCUCGACUUGACCGGUUGUCCUAACGUUACUCGCGCCUGCGGUCGUACCACCAUUCUACAGCUGCAGUCGCUCGAUCUCAGCGACUGCCACUGCGUCGAGGAUUCCGGCCUGGUGCUGAGCCUGUCGCGCAUGCCGCACCUGGGAUGCCUCUACCUGCGUAGAUGCGGCCGCAUCACCGACACCAGCCUGAUCGCCAUCGCCUCCUACUGCGCCAGCCUGCGUCAGCUGUCGGUGUCGGAUUGCGUGAAAGUCACGGACUUUGGGGUGCGCGAGCUGGCGGCGCGCCUCGGCCCGUCGCUCCGCUACUUCUCCGUGGGCAAGUGCGACCGCGUGUCCGACGCCGGUCUGCUGGUCGUCGCUCGUCACUGCUACAAGCUGCGCUAUCUGAACGCCCGCGGUUGCGAGGCGCUCAGCGACAGCGCGACCAUCGCCCUGGCGCGCGGUUGCCCGCGUAUGCGCGCCCUCGACAUAGGCAAGUGCGACAUCGGCGACGCGACCCUCGAGGCACUCUCCACCGGAUGUCCGAAUCUGAAGAAGCUGUCCUUGUGCGGUUGCGAGAGGAUCACCGACGCCGGUCUCGAGGCGCUGGCCUACUACGUGCGUGGCCUGCGGCAGCUCAACAUCGGCGAGUGCCCCAGAGUCACGUGGGUCGGCUAUCGCGCGGUCAAACGCUACUGCCGACGUUGCGUCAUAGAACAUACUAAUCCUGGAUUCUCCAGCUGAUGUAAUCCAGUCAGUAAUGUCGCUCGUCUCGAGGAUCUCGAGUAGCGUUAGUAAGGAAAGUAUUCUCGGAAGAAAGUAUUCCGCGGAGAAGAAUAUUCCGACGGAAUUCUCUGGAAAAGGGACUUUGAGGUAUAUCCUGAGAAUAUUAAAAAUAGGAAAUAUAUAUAUAUAUUGAGAAUAUAUUCGCUAGUAUAAUUUAAAAAAAAUGUUCGAAUAUUCUCAGGAUAUUCGAUUAUCUCGUAACACUAAUCUCAAGUGCCAGAGUGUAAUAUAGCGGAAGUUUAUAGAGAAUUUUAAACCGAAUUUUUUAUCAAAGUUUAUGCGACGAUAAAUGUUAUAUUUUUGAUACGACGAAAAAAAAAUGACGUAGAAUGAAUUGUUAAUUUUUGAGAUCAGUAAUUUGUAUCACUUGCAUUCUAUUUAUUAACUAGCACCGUUUUGUCGCUCGCAUAUUUGUAAAAAGAUUAUUUCACGAUUGGUUGUAAAAAUAUAUACAUAUAUCUUGCUUCAAAAGUCAUGCGUGCUAUUUAUUGUUUUCAUAAUUUAAUGCACUGCGUAAUGAUAAUGAAUUGUUUGUAUUCUGUAACAAUGUUUUGUAAUUUAUUGUAAUAACAAUAUGACAUUAAAUACUCUCAUUUCUUAACACUAUUGGAAUUAACAUGUGGAUUAAUUGCACGGCAUGUACAGUGUGUAUAAAAUUGCAUAGGAAUGUAUAAUAAAUCAGAUUUUAUAUUUGUAUCAUUAAAAAA